CGCAUCCUAAGGACGUCAUCACCAGAGCGCCGCAAGAAGCCGCACGCGUUGACUGUUUCCCAAUGGCGAAUUACUUCUCCGAGGAGCUCCAGCAUCUCCUUAACCCGCUUCCGAAGUUCGCCGAUCCAGAGGACGAUGGCGAUGAGGCUACUAAAGCCAAAGUCAGUGACACUUUCAUCGAGGACGAGCUCCUCGACGAGGCGGCGGUCGGCCUCAGCGCUUUGCGGAGACGGAACACGAUCACGCUUGCCGAGACUGACGGCAGGUACUCGGGGAAGGCCGUCUCCCGCAAACAGCUGCUUAUGGACAUGGAGGAAGAGGACGACGAUGAUAAUGAAGAGGAGGAGGAGGAGGAUUUUGACGAAGAUGAUAAGAGUAGUAUUGAAGAGUUAGAGGAGGAAGACGACGAAGAGGAGGAGCAGGAAGAUGAUGAAGAGGAGAAAGAAAAUGAGGAACGAAGUGAUGGUCCUGAUGUCACAUUUCCUCAAGAAGUUGACUUCCACAAACUGACGGGGGGCAUGGAAGACCUGGGAGUGAGCGAAGAGGAUGACAGUGAGGAGGAGUUGGAUGAGGAUGAAGAUGAUGAUGAUGAUGAGGAGGAGGAGGAAGCUGACAAUGAAGACGAGGUGGCCAUCGCCACUUUCUCCAAAGAGAAGGUGUCCGAGGAGGUGGAGAAAGGGAAGGCAGUGAGGAACCAGCUGGCUCUCUGGGACCAGCUGCUGGAGGGCCGCAUCAAGAUCCAGAAGGUUUUGGUGAGUGCUAACCAGCUUCCGCAGCCUGAAACGUUCCCUGAAUUCAAAAGAAGGGGUGGGACAGAGCUGGCGGGGGCAGUGAAGAACACACACAAGGCCCUGAAGGCUCUUCAGAGGUCUCUGCUAGAGCUUCACGAUAAGCUGCUCGAGCAGAACUCUGACACCAGGACUGGCCUGCUGGGGGACGACUGUGAUGAUGAUGAUGAUGAUAUUGGUGAUGAAAAAGGCAGACCCGCCAAACGCAAACUGGACAUGGCUGAUUACCCACAGUUGGCAGCCAAACGUUUUGCCGCCUUCCAGCCGUAUCGCAACGCCACGUUGCAGAAGUGGCACGACAAAACCAGACUGAGCACGGGCAAGAGCGGCAGCUUUGCGGCGUUUGAGCGGAACAUUGUCACGCAAGUGGAGCAUGUUCUUAUGGACAACGAGCGACUGGUGCGGCGCACUCAGACACGACGCUCCGAGUACCAUGUUCUUGGCAAGAGAGACUCCUCGGCCACUGUCACUCCACAGGGAGCGGAGGCAGCAUCACUGAAAGCGAACCCUCAUCUCAAGGAUGUGAACGAGGACAUCUUUGAUGACGAUGACUUCUACCAUCAGCUGCUCCGAGAGCUCAUCGAGCGCAAGACCAGCACCGUUGACCCCAACAACCAGGUGGCAGCAGGCCGCCAGUGGCUGCAGAUCCAGAAGCUGCGCAGUAAGAUGAAGAAGAAGGUGGACACCAAGGCCAGCAAAGGUCGCAAGGUGCGCUUCCACGUGCAUGCCAAGCUGCUCAACUUCAUGGCACCCAUGGACCACAGCUCCAUGAACGACGAGGCCCGCAGCGAACUCUACAGAGGUCUCUUUGGUGGCAACGCCUUGGCCCGACAGUGAAGGAGACGGGGUCACCCUCUCUUUCAGAGUACACGGGACACGUCUGCUCCUGUCAUGUGUGUGAACUUUAACACACAAUCACAAACAUGCUUGUUGGACAUGUUGUACACAAUGAGGAAUCAAGUUGUAUUUUGGAGGAUAAAUGUUAUUAUUGAAAACUACAGUACUGUGCGAGUUGUUGUUUUGAGCAGGAAACUAAUUGAGACACAAACAAUGUAAAACAAUCAACAAAGACAGUUUGACUUUGUGUUUCCUCUCAGGUGCUUCUGUGUCACUACGUAUACUGCUUGAAAAAAAUAAGACAUUUUAAUACACAUGUUUUGAUUACACAUACGUGUGGGGAUUGUGUACUUCCUGAAUUGUCACUGUUGUCACAGCAAAAUCCUGUAACAUAACAUGACAUCGUCAUACUGCGCAUGCACACACACGUGGUACGACCUCACUGGCUCAGCCUCAAUCAGUGGAGAUGCCUAUGACAGUAAUUGGAGUAAUACAAACAUGCUGUCGGUAAUAGAAGAAGAAACUUGGAAAAGUACGUAAAUACAGCAGUAGCUUGGUUAGUGUCAUUUUGUUAUAGAAUGUCUGACUUUGACCCAGACGAACUUUAACUGGAUACAUUGUUCCUAUAAGAAACAUAGUGUCACCUUUGUGAGCGUGUUUAUUUAAUUGUUUACUUUUUUUUUAAGGAGUCAGUGUAUUGGUGUGAUUUUAUUAGAAUUACACUGAUACUUUUACUGUGAUAUACUUGCCAUUGUUGCAGCUGUUUUCUUAACUAUUUAUACCACAAUGAC